CUCACCUCUCUCUCUGCCUAUUUGCUCUGCUACUUCCACGCUCCUCUUCUCAACCGUUGUUUUCCCUCUUCUUUCAUCACUCCCGUGACCCACUUUCCCCACAAUCAACGCCUUUCGUCUCACUGUCUCUCCUCGCCACUGCAUUCACUGUUUCAACUCUCAGUUUUUGUUUCUCCUUAUUGGAUGGUCGAGUAGCUGAGGCUGAGGGUUAGAUAUUUCUAGAUUUAUUCCUUUGGCUCAAACCCCGUCUCCUUUCUCAUGUGCGGUUCUUGGGUUUUCUGUGGGUUUUCUUUUCCUACUGUUUCAUCUGGGUUUUUCUAGGGUUUUCGUUUUGGCCCUUUUGGGAGAAGGGAGUUGUUUGAGGAUCUCCGAGGAUUUUCCUUUUCUUUUGGUGCAACCGUGCAAGUUGAAUUUCUGGUUUUUUUAAGGGUUUAUGAAGUUUGGUUUGGCUUUUCCCGUUUUUUUAAUAUUCCAUGAACUUUUGUUGAUUGUACUUUUUAGGGUUUAGGGUUUUGUACUUUUCUGUACAAGUGAUUCCCAGUAACGGGAUUUCUAGUCUGGGUUUGGUCUUUUCUUCACUUAGGAUUGGGUUUCUGAAUUUCUCACAGCUCACUUUGAAAUGGGUUUUCCUCAAAUUCUGGUUUCCUUGUUUUAGAUCUUGAAAACAACUUUCUGGUUUGCCAGAAUUGUUACUGUAGGAAUCUACUUUUAUCAGUCAAUCUCAUAAAAAAAUGUCCUCGUGCUUGAGCGGAGCUGGUAGAACCUAUGGAUUCGAGCUCGAAAUUGUGAAAUCCCCAUCUUCAACCUCGCCCCGGACCUCGCAUUCGUCCUCACCUUCAUCGACCAUCUCUGAAUCCAGCAAUUCCCCCAUUGCAAUUUCCACCCGAAAACCGCGAACACCUAGAAAACGGCCCAACCAGACUUACAAUGAAGCCGCGGCCCUGCUUUCCACAGCCUAUCCCAACAUCUUUUCCACCAAAAAUCUAAAAAAUCCCUGCAAAUUCACCAAAUCCCACGACUCUUUCCUAGAGGAUUCCUCGGAAUUGCUCUUCCCUUUCCGAGCUUUCGACGCCUCCGGCUUCCUCCUCCACCAGCCGGUUCAGGAAAAACCCAGUUUCCAGAUGCUCCCGAAGGUAGUGAAUUGCUGCGAAAAGCCAUGCCAGAGCUCGGUGGAAAGCGAAUUCCCAGGAAAAUCGCCGGAAUUGUGUGAUGGGUUUGAAGAGGACUUCGACGCAGAGUCGAUUCUUGACGAGGAGAUUGAAGGUGGAAUUGAUAGUAUUAUGGGAAAUCUGAGCGUGGACAAUGAAAUGAGCGAUGAGGCCACCAAUCCUGUUUGUUUCAAUUCCUACUAUGGAAACGGAAUUCCCAUGGGUCUGGGCUUUGGAGGGAAAUUCGAAUUCGGAUUCGGAAUGAGGAGGGGGGUGAGGGCAUUGAGACAUGUUGAUGAGGGAGAUUGGUGGAGGUUUCCCACCGUCGAUAUCCUCGAAAUAUCGCCGAAAUUCAAUAAAGUCUCGGCCGAGAAAAAGAAGAAGAAGGUUGAGAAAGCGCAGGAGCUGAGGAGCUGGGAAUCUCCAAAAGGGAAUUCCAUUCCCAAAUCCAAUUCCAGUCUGCUGCUGAAACUGAACUACGACGACGUUCUGAGCGCAUGGUCCGACCGGGGCUCCCCAUUUUCCAGAGAAACCGAAUUCCCGGGAAAUGACACCGCCGCCAGGCUGGCGCAGAUAGAUCUGUUUUCGGAGUGCGGCGGCGUGAGAGAGGCUAGCGUGCUUCGCUACAAGGAAAAGCGGCGUACACGCCUCUUCUCUAAGAAGAUCAGGUACCAGGUGAGAAAAGUCAAUGCUGAUCGACGGCCCAGAAUGAAGGGGCGAUUUGUUAGAAGACCAAAUUCUAACUCGAAUGGUCAAAGAUGAAAAAAGUUGAAACAAAUAAAGCAAGAGUGGAAGAAAAAAGAUAUGGUGUUUUGGAUUGUGAGCAUCGCCAAUUUUAGCCUAUCUUCCUAAUACUCUUAUCUUUAUAUUAUUUUGUUUUCAUUUUCUACACUUUUUGGAAGCAAAGGAGAUGGAGACUAGUUAAGAAGAGGAAGUUGAGGAGAAAGAAAUAGUUGAAUAAGCCUUUUUUUUUUUUUUUUUUUUCUAUUUCUCUAUUGGGUUGUCUCUCUCUCUCUUUGUUUCCUAGUCUUUGGAAGAUGCUUGAGUUGCUAGUUUGGUCCAAACUAAUGGAUACCUUUGGUUUGGUAAAAUGAUUUUGUUGGCUUCAAUAAUAACACAAAUGAAAAAGCACAUUAUUUGAGUUUUCUAAA